CUCAGCAUUUUUGCCCUUUUUUUUUUUUUUUUUUUUUUUUGCUCACAAAGUUCUAUCUCACUAAAUUGUAUUUGGAAUUAUAGGUCAAGUUACCACUCUCUCAAAAGGACGGCGGAGAGUCGGGAUCGAGCGUACGAUCACGGUGCUUACGGACAUCACGAGCGUCCUGGUAGCAGCUUCGACCGGCAGCGACACUACGAAACAGACUAUUACCGCGACGCCAGAGAGAGGACUCUGAGCGCGACUGGGAGCGGGGCUGGCACCUCCAGCGGAAGCGGUACGACGGUGUCGUCGGGAGUCGGUGGAACUAUAGUGAGCGCCGUUGCUGGAAACGCGGGAGCAAGUGCAUCGGCGGUGGCCACGACCGGAGGGAGCGGCGGAUCCACGUCCAGCGGGGUUGGCUUCUACCGCUCACACAGCCGGAGUCCCUGUCGCUUUGAGACGCCAGAGCCUCGCUACGAAUCUCGUGCCAGGGAACCCUUUACUUUGGCCAGCGUGGUUCACAGGGACCUUUACCGUGAGGACCGGGGCCGGCGUGGCGAGCGGUCGUACCGUCACAGCCGAAGCAGGUCUCCACACUCGACGCAUUCGCGAAACCCCUCGCCUCAGAGGCUGGUGAGCCAGGCCGCCCGCCCUCCACGGUCGCACAGCGGCUCGGGCUCCCGCAGCCGCUCCUCCAGCUCAGACUCGGUCAGCAGUACCAGCAGCAGUACGAGUGGCAGUGAUUCUAGCAGUAGCUCAAGCGAUGACUCUCCGGCACGGUCGGUGCAGUCGGCUGCUGUUCCUGCACCCUCAGCACUUCCUUUAUCCUCCCUUGACAAGGAUGAACCACGUAAAAGCUUUGGCAUCAAGGUCCAAAAUCUUCCUGUGCGCUCUACAGAUACAAGCCUUAAGGAUGGUUUGUUCCAUGAAUUUAAAAAGCAUGGAAAGGUGACAUCUGUACAGAUCCACGGAGCUUCAGAAGAGCGCUAUGGGCUGGUUUUUUUCCGCCAACAAGAGGAUCAAGAAAAGGCACUUGGAGCAUCGAAAGGGAAGCUAUUUUUUGGCAUGCAAAUAGACGUCACGGCCUGGAAUGGACCGGAGACGGAAAGUGAGAACGAGUUUCGACCCUUGGAUGAAAGGAUCGAUGAGUUUCAUCCAAAGGCCACAAGAACAUUAUUCAUUGGAAAUCUGGAGAAAACCACCACUUACCACGACUUGUUGAACAUCUUUCAGCGCUUUGGAGAGAUUGUGGAUAUUGACAUUAAGAAAGUUAAUGGGGCCCCACAGUAUGCUUUUCUACAAUACUGCGACAUUGCCAGUGUUUGCAAGGCCAUAAAGAAGAUGGAUGGCGAGUAUCUUGGUAACAACAGACUAAAGCUGGGCUUUGGGAAAAGUAUGCCAACGACCUGUGUUUGGUUGGAUGGAUUAGCAUCAAACACCACUGAGCAGUUUCUUACACGUCAUUUUUGCCGCUACGGACAUGUUGUAAAGGUUGUUUUUGACAGGAUGAAAGGAAUGGCUCUGAUUCUGUAUAACAACAUUGAAUAUGCACAAGCUGCUGUCAAAGACACGAAAGGAUGGAAGAUUGGGGGCAGUAAAAUCAAGGUGGAUUUCGCAAAUCAAGAAAGUCAGAUGGCUUUUUACCGUUCAAUGCAGGCAUCUGGGCAAGACAUUCGAGACUUCUAUGAUAUUCUCUCUGAACGAAGAGAUGAUCGGCGAACCCAAUAUGAGUUUCAAGCAGAAAGACAAUAUUAUGAAAAUGUCCGAACACCAGGAACAUAUAAUGAAGAUCCACGUCGAAAGUACCCUGCUAGGAGUCGUGAGUUUUAUACUGAAUGGGAUCCAUAUCAAGGAGAUUACUACGAUCCACAAUACUUUGAAGAUCCUCGGGAAUACCGGGAAUACAGAGCUGACCCUUAUGAACAAGACAUUCGUAAAUACAGCUAUUUGCAACGGGAACGUGAAAGAGAGAGGGAACGUUUUGAAACAGAUCGUGGACGUGACCAUGGGAGAAGGACCAUUGAGCGCAGCCAAAGCCCAUCCCACAUCUCCAGUCGUCGUCCUGCCAGCCCCACUGCAUCUCCUUCUCUCUCUGAAAGGAUACCCAGCGAUUCAGACAGGCGCAUUUGUUGCCGAUCCUCUGAAAGAAGUGGUAGCUGCAGUUCAAUCUCUCCACCUAGAUUUGAAAAGCUUGAGAAGACUCGAUCUGAAAGGUAUAACAAAACAGAAAAACUUGAAAAAGAUCGAGUUUUUGAAAUUGAAAGAGGAACUUUGGUCGACAAGGAAAAGAGGACUGGACGAAAAGAUAGAUCAGACAAAGACAAAAAUGAGAAACAAAGGCUCAAGAAACUUAAAGUUGCAUCACCUAUUGUCCAGACAUGUGAGACAGAGCCUGAACUUGAGAGAGACAUUAGCCCUGAGUCUGUCCUUCGAAGUAAGACCAGUAAAAUCCCCAAGGAAAACUCAAGCAAAGGAAGAUUAGAUCUUCUCCCAUGUGUCGUGCAGUUAACGCGUGUCAAAGAAAAAGAAGGGAAAUUGAUUGGCCAUGCUGUUCAAGAAAAACAACUCCCGAGAGGUGGGAGUGACAGUCCACGAUUGGCAUCUCCUACAGCUGAUCAGAGGAGUCCUCCAUUCCGCACAGAAUCAUCAAAAGGUGACAUAGCAAAGCACGGGAAGGUGCCCAGAGACAAAAUUUUGCACAGUUUAGUCGAGAUUGCAGACAAAGACACUAAAAUCAAAUCCAAAAAACACGGGAAGUCUGAAAUAGGAUUUGAUAGUACCAUUUCUGUGGAUAUUGAUCGUUUAGCUGCAAGAAAACGACGUUUUGAAGACUCUGGGAAAAUGGAUAGACAAAAGAGAACGAGUGAAGAGGAUCUUAGCAGACCUAGUCUUUAUAAACUGUGGAACAAUGCAAAGGAGACAGAUAUUGAUAAAAAUCCUUCAUUAAGGGGAAUGCAUAAGAAGGAACACUAUAAGGAAAGAAGUGCUAGGAUGAUUUCCAUUAACAGUCCUAAAGAUGCCCGAGACUGUGAAACCAACUCUGUGGGACUUCCUCUGGAGCGACGCUCUCAGCAUGGGGAGCUGCCUGAAGACUCAGUCGAUCAAUUAGGCUGUCCUUACCUUAAAAUGGAUUUAGAGGGCUCAAAAAGUGAAAACACCUCCAGUUUCACCAAAGUAUCAGAUGAUGGCAGCCUGGAUUUGGAUGAAUUGAAAGAACAUAAGCAGGUUUUGUCUGAAAGUGAUCAAAGCAGAGGAAGAGGCAGAGAUUCAGAUGAUGGAGAGGAACACUUUGUGCACAUUGACCCAACUAAUAUAUGCACAAAACAAAUUGAAAAGAGUCAGUGGCUUCGAUCCAAGCUUGGCGAUCAUGAUAAGUCUGUCAAAUAUGACAACCCACUGAACAGUGAGACCUGUGAAUUUGACAAGGAUUAUAUUCUUCACGAUGCUACAAAAUCAGUGCAAGGCAUGGCCAGUGAUUCCUUCUCAGGUAAACGGAAAAAGUUAGCAGUUUUUGACUUUGAAAUGCUCAAAUCAAAGAGGGACUCUAACUUUGCAAGUCCACAAAAGUUGAAUGAAGACAUAUAUAGCAUGCCAUCUUCAAUAGGAGCGGGUCAGUUUUCUGAGAAUGAGGAAGACGAAACUGCACACAUUUCUGUUUCUGUUACGAACAAAGUACAAAAAGACUCCCCAACAGCUGUUGAUAAAUUUUCACACACAGAUUCACUGAAAAACAGUUUUGGCCUAACAAUGAGACACUUUCAGCCUUCUGACAUUGAGGUCCCAAAGCUUAAGACGUCAUUGCUUGGAUGUGAUGACGAGCUGAUUCAACAUUGGGAAAGACGGAUAAAGUCUGAUUCACUCAGAAUGGAAAUGACAUUCCCAAGUAAUAUUUCCAAACGGGAAAACAUCCACAAGCGGCUUGGCCAAGACUUAGAACCUGGAGAAGUACAGUCCGAUUCAGACGAUGAUGCAGAAAACAAACGUCUUUCUCCAAAGUCUAGUAGUUCUUUGUCUUAUAUCCUCAGAGAUCGCGAUGAUAGGCUGACAGACAUUAAACUUUCAGGUUCCUUGGAAAAGAAUAAGUUUUACUCGUUUGCAUUAGACAAAACUAUAACGCCUGACACAAAAGCACUUCUUGAAAGAGCAAAGACAUUGUAUUCCUCAAGAGAAGAUAAUUGGUCCUUUCUUCCGUCACGAUUUCCAGUCUCCCACAGCUGUUCAGACAAGGACAAGGUAGAGCUAGCCCCGAGACCCAUUCCUUCUUGGUAUAUGAAAAAGAAAAAGAUACGCACCGACUCAGAUGAAAAACUGCACGAUAAAAAAGAGGAAAUUAAGCCACAGGACCAAGAGCGCCAGGAGUUGUUUGCCUCUCGAUUUCUGCACAGCUCAAUCUUUGAACAAGAUUCCCGACGUUUGCAGCGCCUUGAACGGAAAGACCAAGAUUCAGAAACAGGAGGUAGUAAGCCCUUUUCGAAGCCAGGUGCUUCUGAGACACAGUUUGAAUCUGGAGGAGGUGAAACUCCUCAAGAGCCGAUUGUGCUUUUUCAUAGUAGGUUUUUGGAACUUCAACAGCAAAAAGACAAGGACCAUUCCCAACCUGAUACUGACAGUGAAUUUGUCUUAGUGGAUCAAAAAGAUGAGGUGCAAAGUAACGACAACAUAUCUGAACAAGUAUCGGAGCCAGUAUUAAAAGCUGAUGAUAAAUCAAGGAGCUCCCCUACAACCUUAAUGAUUUCACCAGUUCUUCCUUCCCCAAAAGAAUUGUCUCCACCAGAAAAGAAGGAAGUUUUAGCUCCAUCUCCAGAGCAAGCUGUGUCAUUUGUCGAAGAAGAGAACAUUGAGACGGUUCUUGAAUCAUCAACACCCCUUUCUCCUCCUAUAGAAGACGUCAAACCAGUUGCUCCUAAGCUCACCAUAACACCUCCUGUCUGCCAGUCAGAGUCUGAGAAUGAAAUUGAAACAAAAGUAGAGUUAAUUGAACCUAAAGUGAAAUGUGAGGAUACUCUGGCCGUGGAACGUAUUCCUGUUGUGGAAGACAAACCUCCUACUCCUGGUGGUUCUCUGAGCAGUUUUGAAAGAGAAAAUGCAAAUUUUGCCUUCUCUGAAUCUUUAAAGAGUGAAGAAAAAUCUGAAAUUGUUAAGGCAGAACCUGAAAUUGAAAUUCAAGAAACAAAACACUUUGAAGACUCUGAAAAAACUGAAACGGACAGUGAAUUGUGUAUGCCAGAACUGGUAGCUGAGAUAAAACCUUUACCAAACCGCAGGCAGCCCAAGAACAAAAGGGCAAAACAAAUGUUGCGUGCUUCACAACCAUCCCAAGUUGUUGUCACUGAAAAACCUGCAACACGAAAAAGUGAACGGAUUGACAAAGAGAAACUUAAAAGAUCUUCGUCACCUCGAGCAGAGGCACCAAAAGUGUCAUUGGAGUCUAAACCUGCAUCCAAAUCACCAGUGCAUGCGUCAGAUUCUGAACCAAACCUUGAAUCAAGUUUGAUACAUGGAAGAACACGUCGGAGGAAUGUUCGGUCUGUUUAUGCCAAGUUACGUGGGGCCGACCAGGCUGGCAAAGAGGUAGUAGAGUCAUCACGCUGCAUGCGCAAGCGAGGUGCAGAUAAAGAACCAACACAAGAUGUUCAAAUUCCCACCAGUACUCGGCGUGGACGCCCUCCGAAACGAGGCAUCAAAAGAGUUGAAGAUGUUUCACCAGUUAAAGUAGACCAAAAGAAAAUGAAUGAAGAACAAACAGAAGUUAAGGAUGCCUCAACUACCGGGGAGGUUGUGAAAGCAUCUGAAGGGUGGCGUUCACCACGCACCCAGAAGCUGCAACAGACAUCAGUAACUUUAUCUACUCCAGCUAAGAAAGGAAGUAGAAUGGAAAAAACAUCUGGGAGCCCAAUGGUAUUAACUGAACAAGCAGACAUGGCACGUCAUGAUGAGUUGGAGCUUAUUCCAAAAACUGAAUCUGAAUUGUUUGCAAAAUCAUCAGACAAAGUAGAGAACGUGGGCUCUGUGGUGCACAAAAAAGAAAAAGACUUGAAAGAUUCUGGGGAAAAGAAAUCUUCUGAUAGUGAUGUUGAAAAGAUGGACACAAAUUCUUCUGAGAGGAAACUGCCUGAGAAGAGCAUUAAAAUGAAAACACCAAGGCUGAAACGAAAUGCAAAGCAAGUCACUGAAGAAAAGUCACACAGUUUAAAAAAUCUGGAGAUUCGUGUGAGCGUUGAUGACGUCAAAGGUUUGCUUCGUUCAGAAGAGGACGAGCCUGAUGCCUUUGAAGCUGCAGCUAUUCCGAAAACUAAGGCGGUAAUGCAAGAGACUGAGGGAACAAAGACAAUAGUCUUUCCAAAAGAAUGCAAAGAGCUUGGUGCACAGGAAAAAGAAGACACGUUGUCUGAACCCGAAAUACCAACUGAUCCAGCUGCUGUUCUAGCACGACAAAUGGAACUUGAGCAGGCAGUUGAAAACAUUGCUAAACUUACAGUUGAGCAGCCCUCUCGGCCAUUUAAAGAACCCCCAACAGAGCAACCGGCAGUAUUGCCUCCUGUGGUAGUGGAACCAGAAAGUGAGGUUGAGGAGGAGAAGCGUGCUAAUCCUGCAAGUGAAACUGAACUUGCAGCUGCGAUUGAUUCCAUUACAGCUGAGGAAAUGUGUGGAGAUGCAGAUGGGUUCACAGCUGCUCCUACCUACACUACACUUGUACCAACUCCUGAAUCCUUAAUAUCCUCAUCCUCAAAUGAGAUAAUGGAACCUGAAACUCACAUGGUAAUCAACAAUAUUCUUGCAGAGGACUUGGAUGAUGGCCCCCUAACACCAAGCCCCAAAAGACCAGUGACCGAAUCAAAAGCUGAAGAUCCCAUUGUGGUAGAAACACCUAAGAAACUAGUCAAAAGCAGAGCCAAAAACAUCAAAAAGUCAAGAAGUCGUAAAACUGCAGCUAACAAAAAAGGAAAUGUUAUAGAAGAGAUCUCACAAUCAGAACCCUCGCCAGUCAAAUUACCGGAGUCAAUCCCAGAAGACCCAGAAAUUAUUAAUUCAAAGGCAGUUACUGUGACAGCAGGUGUAUCUGUGGCAACUUCUGUGGUCACUGCUGUUGCAACUUGUCGACGUGACGUCACAAGUGCUAUAACUGUGGACACACCAAAAGAGGCAGAACAGCCUGAGGUUGAGCAACCUGUGCCCAAAGAGUCAGCCUUUCAUUCGGGCACAAGCAACAUCACCAGUUCUAAAAAACAUCCCCAAGCCGCAGAAUCUUGCACCCCUACUUUUGCUCCAGCUCUGGCCCGCCCCUCACAACCUGCUUCCCAGUUCAGUGUACCUCAACUGAGACCUGCAAAAAUGCCCCUUUCACCAGACUGGCCUCAGAGAUCUGAAGAAAGCAGAAUCUAUGUUGCUCCCCCUUGUCAUGUCACAGUGGUGACUCCAACUGUACCUGCAUCAACUUCACUUGGAGCCCCUUCAGCAAAUCCUCCAAUGCCCCCUGACACUAAGGCCUCAGAUAUUGAUUCAAGCUCCAGUACAUUAAGAAAAAUCCUCAUGGAACCUAAAUAUGUGUCUGCUUCUAACAGUAAUUCUAUUCCUACAACUAUAGUGACAUCCACAUUGUCAGAGUCUGCACGGAUGUCAGAGAAUGAACACCCCUCUAAUACAGGGGUCUCAAGGCAGUUACGUACUGAAGAGAGGGUACCAUUACCACCCCAGCCACUGCAUCAUAAACCAUCUCCAUUGUCAGAGUCUCAGCAGAACUGUGGAGAGAAGACCCAGCAUACCGUUAUUUCUCCCACUACCUCAGUGAUAAGUCGAAUUCCAAUGCCUUAUGAUACGGAAGAAACUCCACGAAUUUCUCUGAGCAACCGAAGCAUUGGCUUGUCAGUUCCCAAGCAAAAGUUCAAAUCAAACUCCAAUGAGAACAAUCGAAGCCAUGGCAUGGAUUUGGUAGAAGAUGGAACUAGAGGGCGCUCUGUUGUUGAGACUGCUCCAUACAACCCAGGCUCCACUCCUGGCCUAAGGGUCAAUACAUCAGAAGGUGUGGUUGUUCUGAGUUAUUCAGGUCAAAAAACUGAAGGACCCCACAGGAUGAGAGCUAAAAUUAGUCAGAUUCCUCAAGCCAGUGCUGGUGAUAUAGAGUUUCAGCAAUCUGUGUCAAAAUCUCAGAUAAAACAAGACCCACUCAUUUCUUCAUCCCAGUCACCAACCUCAAAGGGAGCCUCCGCUCCACCAGCUUAUGGGCAUACAGGCGUUCUUUUAACUGGCCAGUCCUAUAACUCUCAGCCUGUGAUUUCUAGUACCAAGCAGGAUAAUCAUGGAUUUGACAAGUCAGAAGCCCCAUAUCACACAGCACCCCAGGGGGGUGUGGUAAACAUGUUUCAACAGCCAGUCAGCUCUAAAGUGUUAAUGUAUAACCCGGCUGUGAUACAGCAAGGCAAGAGAGGACUAGCUGCAGAUGCUUUACCAAAAAAGAUGGACAUUGCCAAAGCUGUUUCGCAGGCUAACCUCAGUCCAGUAAUGAGUCCACACCACCCAUCACUCUCUGGAACUCGCAUGAGCCCCAGUCCUGGUAAUGCAAAUGAUCGGCCCGCUCUGCAUCUCAAGCAGGAACCCCAAUCUCCACGAACAUCUGUUCACUCCCCGUCACCUUUUGUCAAAAGCGGUCCUCCAAGUAGUUCUCCUAUUGGAACUUCAGUUGUUCUUGGCCAUGGCAUCUCGCCAAUGCCGACAUAUCAUUCGAGUAUGCAUCACUCACACUCAGAACAGUCUUCUGUCAUCAUUCAACCUCACAGUGUCAGUCAGACCCUGGCUCACGAAUCCAGGAUGAGCACACCACCUAUAUCUGGCCUAAACUACGGAAGACGGGGUGACUCACUGUCUUCCUCCCACCCUGGACCCCAGCAGCACUCAAAUGCACAACAGUCUAAUAUAAUUCGCGACAUGGUCCUGCAGUCUCAUUCCACUUCCCAAGUCCCCGUGUCUGGGAGUGGUGGUAAUACUGUUAGUGAGGAAGAACCCAGACACUUUAAUCAAGGCCUUAGCAGGACUUCGGUGCCACAGCUCCAGUCAGAUGUAAUGAUGAUUCAUGGAGAUCACAGAGGCAUCCACUCAAGCUUACGCAUUGACCAGUACAGAGACAUGCACCAGCGAAUCCUCAUGCACCAGCAACUGGGUGAGCAUGGUGCCGUGGAAGUAAGGCAGUCCCGGAACUCAGAAACCACGUCGUCUUCAAGCAACAUCUCUGGGCCUUCGAAGAGUCCUAUUUUAGUGAAAAGCAAUGAACAUUCAUCAAAGGAAACUCACAAGACAGUUGAAGGAAAGCUCUUACAUCCAACUUCGACUGAAAGUAGAAUCCGUGGAGUCCACACAUCAAGCCCUGUGAUGGUGUCUCCUCACCCUCAUGGAGUUCCAUUAAUGCAUCCAGGAGCUUCCGGGUCUUUUCCACUUUAUCGGGACAUGCGGGGUUUUCCUUCCCAGUUUUCAGGACACAACCUGGCUAACCAAGGACUUUCAUCUUCACAGGUCCAUCCAGAACCUGAAGUUAACAGGAGUAAAAUGUCUCAGUCACAUGGUGGGAGUGAUUCCAAGCCUGAGACAUCCCAUCUUCGCCAUGCUACCUCUUCUGACCUCUCACACGUUUCCCGAAUUCCGGGGGGCACAGUGUCACCCCCAUACCAGUCUCCCCUGAUGUCCCCCAUGGGUCUCACUCACAAGGCAGAUCUCUCUAUUCUUCAGAAAGGCCCUCCAGCCUUUCUGCCAACGCCUUCGCCAGCUAUACCACCAACCAGUUCUCUGCCACCUCGGCCUGAUGCUAAGCUGGAGCACUCAGGACAUCGCUCUAUUGACAUGGUGCAGCUCCUGAAGAAAUAUCCUAUUGUAUGGCAAGGCCUGUUGGCACUGAAAAAUGACCAGGCUGCUGUCCAGUUGCAUUUUGUUUCUGGCAACACCUUGCUCGCCCAGCGCUCCCUGCCACCUCCAGAAGGAGGCUCUCUUCUCCGCAUUGUCCAGAGGAUGAGACUGGAGGCUUCCCAGUUGGACAGUGUGGCCCGAAGAAUGACUGUGGAAAAUGACUACUGUUUGCUCCUGGCUCUACCCUGUGGUCGAGACCAAGAAGAUGUCCUUGGUCAAACCCAAGCCUUGAAAAGUGGUUUCAUCACUUACCUGCAAGCCAAACAGGCAGCUGGCAUCAUCAAUGUGCCCAACCCUGGCUCGAAUCAGCCAGCCUACGUGGUGCAGAUUUUCCCACCGUGUGAAUUCUCGGAGAGCCACCUUUCGCGCCUGGCCCCGGACCUUCUAAACAGCAUCUCCAGCAUUUCCCCUCACCUCAUGAUUGUUAUUGCCUCUGUUUGAAGAAUCUCCAUUGUUGUUUUUUUCUUUGUUUUCCUGAACAAUGUCAACACCAGCCCGUUUGGACUUAUUCAGUGUGUAAACUGGAAUUGCCUCAUACUUUUUUAUGAGUUUAACUUUUUUUCUAAACUUGAUUUAGCAUGAACUCACUUUUCUCCGUCACUUCACCGAGUCCUUAAGCCACCCAGUGAUGUUGAAUUCCAAAAAC